AUGUGAUCCAGUCUCUCCAUCCUGUCACUGUGAGAACCAGCACCAUCUCACCCUCUUCCUACUCCUCCUCCUCCUCGCUCUCUACGUGCGUGCAGGAAGCAGCAAGGACGCCCUCCUCCUCCUCCUUCUUCAUCUUCUUCUUUUGCAGACGAUGCGAAGGACGAGCUGCUAGGACAACUUCGACUCGGCUCUUUCUGACCGCGUGUGGCUCGCAGAUCUCAUCACUUCUUCUUGUCUGUAACCUGUGAAUGUGACAUCGCUUCGACUGGGCAAGGAAUAAAAAAGCCAUCGUCAUGAAUUUCGUAAUGAAACAAGCAUUGGGAGGGGCCACCAAAGACAUGGGGAAGAUGCUCGGUGGGGAGGAGGAGAAGGACCCCGAUGCGCAGAAAAAGGAGGAGGAGAGGCAAGAGGCACUGAGGCAACAGGAGGAGGAGAGGAAGGCCAAAUAUGCAAGAAUGGAGGCCGAGAGAGAAAACAUCCGACAGGGCAUCAGGGAUAAGUACGGCAUCAAGAAGAAGGAGGAGAAAGAGGCGGAGGCGGCCGCCGCCAUGGAGCAGGCCUCUGAGGGCAGCCUGACCCGUCCCAAAAAGGCGGUGCCCACCGGCUGUGGCGACGAGGAGGAAGAGGAGAGCAUCGUGGACACGGUUAUGAAGUUCAUCCCGGCUCCGCUCAUGGAUAUGUUCAGUAAAAAGUAACCGCGCUCUCGGCUGACACCUUCCUACUGCGCUCAUGUCCACCCGCUCUUCUUCUCUUCUAAGUGUGCUGCAACUGCACAACGUGACGUUGUCCUCCGCUCCUCUGAUGAUGGGGGUAAAACUUUUUUUUUUUUUUGCUUUUUAAAACGUGCGUCCUGCCUGAUCAGAAGUUUAUCACAUUUAUCUUUCCCACUUUUAUUUGUAAGUACAUUACAAACACAAAUAAUGAUAUAUAAAUAUAUGACAUAUAACAGAUAGAUGAGUACAAGCCAUAUUUUUAACUUUGACGAUAUCCAAAUCAUUUUUCUUUUAUGUUCUUAGUAAUAUUUGAUACACGCGAUGUGUGUGUGUGUGUGUGUGUGUGUGUGCGCGCAUGUUUUCUUGUGUCGUCUUCUCACUGGUUAGCUGUGAAUGUGUGACAAAGUGAAGUCCAUUACGUAACAAGACGGUGGUUGAUGUCCCAGCAGACGUUUUCUUGGCAUGAUUUGUGACACUGUGAUGUAGUCAUCAACUCUUUGAGGCAAUAACUGCUUUUCCACAUUUGAUUUCGUCAUCAGCCUCCAUUGUUGACUUCAAAUGUUCUUCCACAGGGGAGGGAGGGGUGGUUAUUAAAAAUGUAAAAAAAACAAAAACAAAAAAACAAAUGACAUAACGUUUGUCUCCAAGCAGUAAAAAGAUUGUUUAAAGUUCUUUUAGUCGGCGUCCUGUGGCAGCCUCAAGUGGCUCUGCUUUGACAUUGUCACUGCUCUUUACUUUUGCACCAGUUUUUCUAUAAAAGGAAACCAUAAAAAACGAGAAGAAGCUUCAAAAGCGCAGACAGUGGCAACAGUGCAAUACUGUAUAUUGUUCAUCAUGUCGACAAUGACAGACAAUCUUCAUUUUUUGUGUUUAAACGUGAAGGAAUAUAACGUUCAUUCAUGAACGUUGAACACACCGUCUUUAAAAAGUGAAGUGAGUGGUGGCGCCUUAGUAUUGUAGUUAUCAUUAUUAUUAUUAUUAUUAUUAUAUCCAUAAGCUAAAGGGUCAUCAGAUGAAGACAUGCCUUUUUUUAAAAAAAAAUCUUCAUCAUUCUAUGACAUCUAUCCAAAACAUUCCAGCUAUUUCAAACAUUCCGCCAGUCUUGUGGCCUCGAUGUGUGCUUCAGGCCAUGUCCUCACCAACGCGGAUAUUUGCAAAAAUGCACAUUAUCCCGUCCAAAAAACUCUCCAUCCACACCAGUGGAGUUAAAAAAAAAAAAAAUCUCUGUCCAUUGUGCAUAUUUUUGUGCAUAUUUUGGCCAAUCGGAAGCCUGAAAAAGUAAAAUCAGUUAAUAAAUGUAUAAAAAUUGAACUAUAUAGUGCAUUCGUGACAUCACUGGUGUCAAACGUUACGUACAUAAUUUCAUGUGGCCCGCAAAAGCCUGGAAAUAAGUUGCGUCAAUAAAUCACUUUAUAUUUCUUACUAAAUGUAUUUGUACAUUUAGUAUAUAUAUAUAUAUAUAUAUAUAUAUAUAUAUAUAUAUAUAUAUAUAUAUAUAUAUAUACAAAUACAUUGGGCUUUGGUAAAUAUAUUCCUUAUUUAAAAUAACUUGACACUUUUUUUGUGUUUAGCGCCACAAAUGUACUUUGACUUGAACGAAAGAGCAUUCAAAAUCAUGGGAAUGGUGACAUUUAUUUAGUGGCUUAUUAACAUUUUUGCUAUUGUGACAAAUAUAGGCUUUUGCGGUAUUUUCCUUUUUUUAUAUGAAUUCAUUGAAGAAAUACGGUCUGUUGAAUUGUAAUAUUUGACACACUAUUAGAGCAUUACAAUUGUGUUCAAUGACUUUAAAGAAUAGCAAAAAAGCUGACUAGCUCAAUUAAUUAUCUUGGUAGACUAUGGUCUGUUAUUAGUCUAAACAUAUCGAAAUACAAGUGAUAUGUAGAAUUCUGGUCACUUGGUGGCAGUAAUGACACAAAACAUUGAGGCAUUACCUUACAUUACUUUACCUUAACACUGCAUGAAGUCGUAAAUUCAGCCAUGGCGUGUCCAACAUGACAAAAAGGUGAAAAAAGGUUCUCCACUCAUCCUGUCUGGAAGCGGUAAGUUUUUGGCUUCUUAAGUUUAGAAGAAAUACAUAUGAGGCUAACUGGUGUGCUUGCUAGAUAGUGGCCAUCUCAAGUCCCUGCAGCAUAAGAGUUGUACAAUGUGUUGUAAACAAUGAUGUAAAGGGACAAUUUAAAGUGGUUUCUAAUGGUUUAACAUCAACGCUCGUGAAUUAUUUUUUAAUCGCCCGUGCGUCCCUCACUGCAGAAAGUGAAAUCAGCACCCGUAAGCCAAAAGGUCAUUACUUCUGUUCUGUUGUUCGAUAAGGUUUAGUAUGGUUAAGGUAAGAUAAGGGGUACGUGAGAUAAUGUCACACAUUUCUCACGAUAAAAGCCGACAAAGCUCAGUUUUAGUCAUCCGUGCACAGACGCUGAAGCCGGAGUUUUGGAAAAUCUUCACCCCGGCUGUUUUUAUAGAUAAAAAUCGACAUUUGUGUCAAAAAGACACAAGCACCUCGAAAAAUAUUCCUUUUUAAAAUAUCCGUGUUAGUGUGGACAUGGCCUGAAGGUACACAGCAUUUAUCCAAUAACACAAAGAAUUACACAGUAGAGUAGUGCAGUGCUUCCCAACCUUUAUUGCUGACUUAUUUUACAUUACAAACAUCUCCUGCCAUCUUGUGGAAGAGCUUUUAAUAGUUCCGUCUGUCACUAUAUGUCGAUGGCGUAGAUAGAUGAACAAACAUGCAUUAUUUGUAGUAAAGAAAUCAGCAUCAUUAAGUGAAAUUGGAUCAUUUCCCGCGGCACAGUGGUUGGGAAUCACUGGUGUAGCGCAUGUCUGAAACGGACAAUUCGUACAAGUUACAAUCUGCGUUUGACAUUCGCAUUUUUUUUCCUCCAGAGUCACUGGUGUGAGCAAAACACAGUAAUCGCUUUCAAGUAGGGAUGCGCCGAUCCACAUUGAUUGACUUCUGUUUGCCAAUACCGGAGCUCUGUUUGCUUUAAUACGCACCCAUGCCAAAAGAAUAUCAGCAAAACUAGCUAGAAGAACAUCCGCGAACAUAGCUGUCUGACACGUUCACAACCUCACAGACGGUCGGACAACGCAGAACUGGUAAUAUUGCAUGUUGUUGAUUUGAUAUGCGGCGGUAAUAAACUCCUCUCUACAGGCAAGUAUGAUGUUUUAGCGACCCGGAAAUUUUGUGCAGUGUUAAGAAUUCGUGAUGUCUGACUGUUUUGUGCAGCCGUGAACGCAUCAGGUGGAGUGCUUGAGUGUGUGAGUGAGGAGGACGUUCGCUGAUAUUCUUCUAGCCAUGUUUGCUGACAUUAGCACGGACGCGGCUCAUGGAUCGGAAAUCUCCGCAGGCGGCAUCGGAAUUACGCAGCUAUCGGAGCCCGAUCGGAUCCAUGCCUACGUUUAAGUUGCUCAAAUUCAGCUUGUAUCGCCAUUGUGGUGACUGUGAUGACACCAGUGUGUAUUCUCCAACCUGCUGUGGGUUUACCGUGCUAGGAAACUGCCUUUGUGCUCAAUCAGACGCGCAAGUUGUUCCAAGAGACGUCAUCCAGUUAAACCAAAGAACACUUAGAUGACAUUCUCUUUCUUUUUUUUCUGCAUAUCUCAGGUAUUCUACUAAUUGGCUAACAUCGCGUCCUGGAUGGGCCCUGCACAAAUUAUAAUUCUGUCUUAGUUGCUCGUGCGACGACGUUCUACAAAAGCUACUACUGCCCCACUUUUACGCAGACAAUUUUGUAAUAGGUCCAAACACCCGUGCCCUUCUUUAUGAGAUAAGACCACCUUCACAUGUCCUCCUUUUUUUUAUUAUAAUUAUUAUUGGGGUUGGUUACGCUCCAGAUGGCUACCAGGACACUGCCUGGACAAACUGUCUCAUUAAUGUCAUAAGAAGAGAAAAAGCCGCCGCUUAAUAAUAAAAGUACUCUUAGAUGUGACUUGAAUGUAACCGUCCUCUUGCAUCUGUCCUCGACUUAGCUAGCGCGCUACUUUUAUGUUCUCGUCCUCUAGCCGGUCUCGUUUCCGUCCUCUGGUAGUUGGUGGUUGUUGUUAAUUUAUGGGGUUUAUUUCCCUUUUUUUUUUUUUUAAAUAAAAAGAAAAAAAAGGUGCAUUUUUUUUCUACUGCAAAGUCUUCUCACCUCUUCUUCUUCAUCCUCCCUAUUCUGUCCAGAAAAAUGUAUGCAUGCUCCGUGGUGUGCAAUUGUUGAUAUAAGCGUUUUUGGUGUCCCGUGUGUGUUUUAACGCGCCACCUUGUUAGCCUCACUUGCAUGCCAUUUUAAGACAGAUAUUUUAGUCUGUAAACGCAAAAAAACAAAACAAAAAAAUGGAAACUCACCGCGCACUCUGAGAAUAAAGUGAUUUCCUAGAA